UCAGUACUUUAACCAGAGCUGUUUUUAAAGAUUACUGGGUCGCUUUUGAUAUGCUAAGCCCCGGGGACUACCGGUAUCAAAAGCAAUUCACACAAGGGGCUUUAAGGCACUUUUACUUUUGCUGCAAGCCCUUUAAAGACGCAACAAGAAACACGCCUACCAGCGUUUUACGUUUAAGGGUUCGGAGUGUGCAAAUCUAGACUACUGGGUUCAUUUAAAGCUAGGGCCAACCUAUAGAUUCUUGGAAUCUGUAAAUAUGAUAGAUCCUUGUACAUUCAGGAGGGGUUUUUUUUGGUUCCUUUGGGAAUUACCAGGAGCUAAACCCUUUCGUCCUUGAUCUUGAAAGGAAUUUGCUCUGAUUAUUCAGGAGCAAAUCCCCCCUGAUAUUGGGGUUGAAAGGGGGCUAAUUCCUGCAGGAGAGUUUUGCAAGGGCAACUCGUGGCAAUGUUAUUGCACACACCCCCCAAGCCCAGAAAGAGACCCAGGACCCCGGCUUGGACCCGAGCCGCGAGAUCCACGUAUCUGGAGCAUUUGCACGUCGGCGCUUUUCACACGGAAGCCUCCCCAGCCGCAGCCAAGGGAAAAAGGCUUCGCCGCCGCCGCCGCCGCCGCCGCUCGGAUUCCAGCCCGGGAGCGCUCAGAAGCCGAAAGUUGCCGAAGCCUCUUUUCCGGAGCCGCCCGCCGGCGCCCGAGCGCGUUCGGCUGGCGACUCCUCCCCCGCCGGGCGCGGCCGAGUGGCCUUCGGGGGGAGCACGAGGGGCGCCGAGCGGCUCCGAAAAGAGCCGAGAGGUUCGCAGGGCUGGGAAGCGUCCGAGCGCAGGGACGCGGGGCUGGUUGGCUGGCGCGGAGGACCGAAGACGCGGGGCGGAGCGGAGCGGAGGGAUGGAGACCAGGAAGCUCAUAACCGCUACUGACAACCAGUAUUCUGGUAUGCUUUUGAAAGCUCUGGAUGAGCAGCGAGGCCUCGGACUUUUUUGCGAUGUCACUGUUAUCGUGGAGGACCGCAAAUUCCGAGCCCACCGGAAUAUCCUUUCGGCUUCAAGCACUUAUUUUCAUCAACUCUUUGCAGUGGCCGGACAAGUCGUCGAGCUGAACUUCAUCAGGGGGGAGGUUUUCGCCGAAAUACUUAACUAUAUCUAUAGCUCAAAAAUUGUCCGGGUGCGAGCAGAUUUGCUUGAUGAACUGAUUAAAUCGGGGGAGUUGCUCGGGGUCAAAUUCCUGGCUGACCUGGGUGUUCCUCUGCAACAGGUGAAGAACAUGUCUUCGGAUGCCAGCACUUCCGAGCUGCCCAUCCUGGAGGCAAAUGGCUCCAAAGUGCAGAAGCCCCCAGCCCCACUGGAGACCCAACACAUAAAACUCGGGAAGCCCAUCAUUACGGAAUCCUUUUCUCUCUACAGGGAGCCGUGUGACUCCACCAAGAUCACCAUUAGUGAUUCUGAUGAUGAUGAUGAUGACGAUGUCAUUUUCUGCUCAGAGCUGGCACCUGCCAAGGACCGUUCGGUAGAGGCCAAAGUCAUAACCCAGAUCCCGCCUUGCCCGAAUCCUACUGCCUCUUCUGAGAUGGCCAGCUCUACCAACAGUAAUUCUGCCCCUCAACCAGUGGCAACUGCAGCUCCAAGGCUUGACUCGUCUACCCUUCUGCCCAGUCCGGCUGAAAACCAAAAGCCAGUUGACCCCCUUCCUCCUCCAGCUCCACAGUCCACAACUCCAAAGGUCCUUGUGCUCAAUUCAUCCCAGGUUGGUGUCGGUUCAUCGCACGAAAUAGAGGUAUUGCCGAUUCCCGAAGAAAAUCAGCAGCCAUCUAUCCACGAUUCCUUAACCGACAUGGAAACCAACAUCAUUGACGAGGAAGAGGAGGAAGAUGUGGAAGACGUGGAAGACGAUGAUGACAUCCUGGGUUUAUCCAGUCCGGGUUCGGCAAGCAGCAGUUCUUUGGUUCAGCAGCCCACGACUCCGAAGCCGGCCGCUGUGGCCGACAGCCCAGCAGCCCAGAAGAAGCAAGUGGUGAACUUCCCACCAGAACCCAUCUCCCAACCCAACGAAUUCAAGAUCCAAAUCUCAGACAUUCUUUCCGGAGGCCUCAAAGACACUCCUCCCAACCUUGGGCCAAAGCACGUCAUGGAAGGGCAGAAGACCAUCACGUUAGAUAAAGCCACCGGAAUCGAGAGCUUGUCCACCGGCUGCAAAGUGUACGCAAACAUCGGCGAAGAUACCUACGACAUUGUAAUCCCGGUGAAAAACGAGGCUGAUGGAGAAGUCCGCCUGGACGAUGUCCCACGCACCUCAGGCCACGAGUCCACUAACCGCAAGCGCUUGAAAGUCAAGCACGACGACCAUUACGAGCUGAUCAUGGACGGGAAAGUCUACUACAUCUGCAUUGUGUGUCGGAGAUCCUACGUCUGCCUGACCAGCUUGCGAAGACACUUCAACGUUCACUCCUGGGAGAAGAAAUACCCCUGUCGCUACUGCGAGAAGGUUUUCCCUCUGGCGGAAUACCGCACUAAGCAUGAGAUUCAUCACACCGGCGAGCGGCGGUACCAGUGUUUGGCUUGUGGGCAGUGUUUCAUCAAUUAUCAGGUGAUGGCCACCCAUCUGCGAUCUGUUCACAGCCAGGAUCCUUCAGGCGAGUCCAAGCUUUACCGUCUACACCCGUGUCGGUCUUUGCAGAUCAGAAAUUACGCAUACAUUUCGGGGAAUUCCAACAAUCUCCCGGUCACCAGUGACAAUGCCCUGGUUUAUUCCGGCAAUCCUUCAAAAGAGACCACUCAGGAACCGGUCCCAAACCAACCCGUGAAGCCAAUGACUUGGGACGACAUCUUUGUUCCGCAGGCAAACGAAAGCCUCUUUAAACAAAACCCAUCGGACGGCACCUCCGAAUUUGAGUUUGUGAUACCAGAAUCUUACUGAAGUUGUUGCGGAUGGAAAUGUUUCGUUUGGUUAUCCAAAGGGGGAGGAAUUUUUUUUUUAAUUAUUAUUAUUUUUAAUAAAAAAGCAGAGCCCUUCUCUAAAAGGGCUGAUGGGAAGUAUCUAGAGAGCAUCUCAUAUGACAGAACACGUCCAUGUGCUUCUUCGACCAUUAGCAUACGGUAGUGUUUUAAAGUUAGAUGAUGUGUAUAACUUUUGAACUCGUGAACGAAAAUUGGUCAGGAAAUAAAACGAUACUUGAAUACAGGAAAAGAUGCUUAGGAAGUUAGGUGUUCGGUGUUUAUUAGUAUGGAUCAAAAAAUCUAAAAAGUUACCGUUCUGAGGCUUUCCCCGUUAGGUGUAGAAUAACAGGAAUAUAUACUUUGAACCACUUACUUCUUUUUUUCAUGUUAGCACUUUAAUGCUGAAAAAGGUUCCAUUGUGACUACGAAACAGCAACCUGGCUAGAUUUUCUUGCUAAUGUGGGCAGGGGGAGGUGGGAGGAAACUUUUUUUUCCUUUUUAAAAUAUAAAUCAGUGCGUUCCUACAAUUGAACGUUGCGGGGGUCCAAUUCAUGCUUGUUCUCGCAAAACCAGGCUUACGGUUAAACGAGGCAUAGCCAUUUCGCCUUGGCUUUGAAAUAAGCAUUGUAACUGUUCGUAACGCAUGUGGGCCAUCCUUAAAGAGAAGGGAGAUGUAUUCUCCAAGGAAAACUUGUUCUUUUUAUCCGGGGGGGAUUAAGAUAACUCAGUGGCUGGACCAUUGUAUGUCAUCUUUUGUGACUCGAUAGGGUGGAUGAAAGUCAUUACGACAGCCAGAUCUUUUUCUACGGAGAAACAGGUUGAUCAUUUGGAACGAAUCUAACUUUCCCUGGCUUAUUCCCUGGGGGGGGGGGGAAUUAGAAAUCUAAUUUUGUAGAUUUUGCCCUGAAUAGCGCAAGAGCUUCCUACCAAAGCAGCCUUGGGAAAUGACGCUUUUGGCUCUGUAACUGAGUUGGUAGUUUUUAAAAAGAACCUAGUUAGUUCAUUUUCUCAGCAGCCACAUGGAAAAGGGUUUUUUUUGGGGGGGGGCUAGAUGUGGUAGUCUGAAUUUUCUUUUGUGGUCACGCUUUCCUUCAUUGCAAAUUGGGAAUAUAUUUUUCCAGUGCUCGGCGAUAGGCAGGAUCUAGAUUGGAACGAACGACAGAACUGGUCAAGAGCCAUGUAGUUUCUUGUUGUUUUUUUUGUCAAAUAACCUCUUGCCUUUUUUUGUUUUUGUAAAUUAUAAUAUUUGGAGUGGGUGUUAUAGAAGAUUGAAAAGAUCUGUGAUGAAUAAAACUAGUUAGCAGUUGGUGGUUUGUCAUGAAAAUCUCCGGUCAUCACUUUAUAGCUAUUUUUUUUCCUCCUUCUUCUUUUCUCCUUUUAUGAAGUCUCCGUUUUGUAUUCUCAAGUAGUCAUUCCUAGUCCUUAAUUUUGUGUCGUUUUUCCCCCCCCCCUUUAAUGUUGUAUUUUCAGCCAGCAAGUGAAGUUGCUGUGGAGUAACAAAAGAAAAAUCAUGGACGAAAAUCAUGAUGAAAAGAGCAAAUCGCGUUUCUGUUAAUGGGAGAAAGCGAAGUAACUCCGUAUGCUGGUUUUUUUCUGUAGAGUGAGACUACGUUUGAUUAUGGAUAGGUUUCUUUUUUUAAAAAAAAAAUGGAAAUGAUAUGUUAAAAUUGGCAUUGCCUAUUUAAAUGAAUAAUUUUCUGGGACUUUUUAUUAAAAAAAUACCCUAUUAGUCGGCGUCCAGUAUGUUUGUCAUAUUCAGGAGACCCUGGUGUCCAUAGCAUUUUAUAAACUAAGCGAAACUCUUCCUUCAGCUGCCUGCAGCGCCGAGUAAAACCCACUGUGUUGCUGUAUGUCAUAGUCAAACUUUCAGCUUGAACGUGCUACCCCAGGAAAUCCCGAUAACCAGUAAUUAAAUCAGUGCCUGUAAAAAGUGUUUUGUUUAUUUGCAAACUGAAAGACGGGGAUUCAAAGCUGUCUUAUCUUGUUAGAAAAACUCUUGCAUGUCUCAGGUAUUUUGGUUGUCUUAGGAAGGGAAGUUACCAUUUCCAAAGUUAAGGGUUUUUAUGAAGUCGCUGUAAAGCCUUUUGCUUUACGGUGUUGGAAAUAUGCUGGGUCCUUUUUGAUUGGCACCAUUUACAGUUUUCUUUUUUGUCUUAAGGCACCGGGCAGUUACUGAUUCGAGAAAUGCCUUCUCCUUUUUCUGUUUUGUAAAGAUCAUGACAUCAGCUCCAGAAAGAACACACCUAAAUUAUAUUAUUAAAUGGGGAACCUUGCUUCCUCCCAAAAAAAACCCCAAAACAAAGCACAUUUACUAAAGGGAUUAAUAUGAAAUAGAGCCCUGAGCAGAAAUCUAAAGUGGAAAGAGUAACAGUAGGUUAAAUUGUUCCAAGCAACUCUUAUUUGGAAGUAACGAUACUCAAUUUCAGUCGUUCCACUUGAGUUCGGAUGUACCAAUUUGAGAAAUGUCCCAUCCUGAACAGAGACACUUCUGCAAGAAUCCCUAUUUUUUAUUUUUCUUUAGAUUUCCUCCAUUUAAAAACUUGCAUGCAGCAUAACAGGAUAAAAAAAAAAUUAGCACUGUCCACAUUUGCUGGAUUGCUGCAGAGCAGAUAUUCUGCCUCUGGGAGAAUUCAGAUGGCUUGCCUGCGUGAAGUUUAUAUAAAUCCAAGAUUUUGCCACCUUGGGGGGGGGUUGCGCAGAUACUUCUGAGUUAUAAAUUCGUACGUUGUGGGCACGCAUACUCAAGGGUUGCUUUGCGCCAAAUGCGUGUUUGUGCAUUCCUGCAUAUGGUGAUGAGAAUCAUAAGAAAAAUCAGUACUCUGCUUAAUUUAUUUCCUAUAUCGAACCGUAUCACUUAUUAGCAAAACGAAAGAUGCAAAAAGGAGCGGUGGUUUAUUUCACGACAAUUUUUACAGAGCGGUAUUAUUGUUAUUGUUAUUUUUAAUUUUAUCAAUACAGUACUGUAAUGUAUAUAGUUGUACAGCCUUUUCCUUAACAUACCUUUCUGGGAAUUUGUGUUCUGCUUUUCAUUAACCAAUACUUGACCUUUAGUUCUUAGAGCUUUGUAUGGCAAAAAAAUAAAUAAACACUUCCAAUUCUG